CUUAUUCUGAUACAUACUAACUCCUCGCGUAAUAGCGAGCUAACUAUUAUUUUUCACGGACCAUGUUUUUUUUUUUUUUUUUUUUGAAUAAUUAAUCCCGGAAGUAGGCAUCCUGGCGUUAUGUGGUAGCUCAGUUUUAUUGGCGUUAUCAUGCCGUUUAUGACGUUCUCAAGAUAGCAUAACGUUAUUUUAAAUACUCGGAAACAGGUUUAGAGGAGAGCUCCGACGUGUUACAUUAUGCGUUUUAAUUCGCGUAAACUCAAGAAACCUACCUGAAGUCGGGCUGUUUUUUUUUUUGUUUGUUUGUUUUUUGUUUUGCCAAUGGAAAGCUCGUUGGUGUUUGGUGUUCGUCUGUCUCUAAAACAAAGAUAUGUUGUACUGCUCUGCUUUUCUAUUGCAGCCAUUGUUGCUUAUCACUUUACAAGGAGCCGCCCCGAAGUGAGAAGAAUGGACCGCGUGGAGGGUCUGAGGGCUGACUCGUCUCAGUUCACCCUGGAGAGAAAACCCUUUCGCAUCCUGGGAGGCUCCAUCCAUUACUUCCGCGUCCCCAGAGCCUACUGGGAGGACCGGCUGCUGAAGAUGAAGGCCUGUGGCCUCAAUACUCUCACAACAUAUGUACCGUGGAACCUGCAUGAGCCUGAGCGAGGGGUGUUCAACUUUGAGGAUGAUCUGGAUAUAGAAGCCUUCCUCCGCCUUGCAGCCGACCUGGGCCUCUGGGUGAUUCUGCGUCCGGGACCGUACAUUUGUGCUGAAUGGGAUUUAGGGGGACUACCCAGUUGGCUACUACGAGAUCCCAACAUGAAACUGAGGACGACCUACUCGGGAUUCACUGAUGCAGUCGACUCCUUCUUUGAUCAGCUCCUCAAGAAAGUCAUUUCUUAUCAGUACUCCAAGGGUGGCCCGAUUAUAGCAGUUCAAGUGGAGAACGAAUAUGGCUCCUAUGCUAAAGAUGAAGCGUACAUGCCUUACAUCAAGGAGGCGUUGCUGUCAAGGGGCAUCAGUGAGCUGCUGGUGACCUCAGACAACAAGGACGGGCUCCAGCUCGGAGGAGUGAAAGGAGCACUGGAGACCAUCAAUUUUCAGAAACUGGACAAAAAUGAGAUCAAGUAUCUGGAUGAGAUACAACCUCAGAAACCUAAGAUGGUGAUGGAGUACUGGUCUGGCUGGUUUGAUCUGUGGGGAGGCCUCCAUCAUGUAUUCACUGCUGAGGAGAUGAUUCCUGUGGUCACAGAAAUUCUUAAACUGGACAUGUCCAUCAACCUUUACAUGUUCCACGGGGGGACGAAUUUCGGCUUCAUGAGCGGGGCAUUUGCGGUCGGGAUACCGGCACCUAAACCUAUGGUCACAAGCUACGAUUACGAUGCUCCAUUAUCCGAGGCUGGGGAUUACACCACCAAGUACCAUCUUCUGAGGAAUUUAUUCAGCCACUACCACACCCAGCCUCUCCCUGAACUGCCCACUCUCCACGAGAAGAGAGCGUACCAGCCCGCUGUCAUCCAGCAGCACCUGUCUCUGUGGGACUGUCUGCAUUUCAUUGACAAGCCUUUGAAGUCAGAGAAGCCGGUGAACAUGGAGAAUCUCCCCGUCAACAAUGACAAUGGUCAGUCCUACGGCUACACGCUGUACGAGACCGUCAUCACCAGUGGAGGAGUCCUCAACUCCAAGAACAACGUCAGGGACAGGGCUCUGGUGUUUUUGGACAAACAUUGUGUUGGUGUUCUGGACUACAAGGUGCAAGAAAUUGUGCUGCCUGAUGGGAAGGGACAAAGAACUCUAGGUUUGCUGGUGGAGAACUGUGGCAGAGUGAAUUAUGGGAAAACCCUGAACGAAGAGCGCAAAGGUCUUGUUGGAGACGUUGAGUUAAACAAGCAGCCCCUCCGAGACUUCAUUAUUCAUAGUCUGGAAAUGAAGCCAAGCUUUGUAAACAGGCUUGUGAGUUCAGGCCAGUGGAAGCCGAUGCGCCAGCAGCCGUCCUUUCCGGGGUUUUUCCAGACCAUGCUCUACGUGAACAGCUCACCUAAGGACACCUUCAUCAAACUCCCUGGUUGGAGCAAAGGAGUUGUGUUUAUCAAUGGAAAGAAUUUGGGACGCUACUGGUCAGUUGGUCCUCAGCAGACUCUCUAUGUCCCAGGUCCCUGGCUUCACCGAGGGGAGAAUCAGGUCAUAGUGUUCGAGGAGCAGGAAACAGAUGGUAAAGUCCAGUUCUCCAGCACCCCUGACUAUGGCAUGACCGUUGAUGUCCAGUGAGAACGAGAGGUGAGGAGGGGAAGGGUGGACGAGGAGAGGAGGAGGAUGACAGCGCCUGCCGGGAGCUGCUUCCACGCGCCCUGCCUCCACCGGCGGCUCUCACAAGUGACACGUGUCAGUGGCCAUGACAUCACCAGUACAGCACUGUAAAGUUGUUUUAAUUACUGAUCAGAUUGACAACACUUGAAUAAUAUCUUUCAUUUUCAUAGCAGGAUUGUUGACCUGCACUCUUAACCGGAGACCAAGAAACUGUGAAAGAGAAUGAUCUUUGUUUCUCUGAAAGACUUAAUGUAUUGGUUACAUUCAGGCUGUGUAAUAACAAAACGUGAAUAAAGACGGGGUGACCUCUGAGUCGCUAACCAAGGUUGA